UUUUGACUAAAGUAUUGAAUUCACGACGUCAAACCGACCUGUUAAUUCCUCAAAUUGCUAUGCCGUGUCGUGGACAUAGAUGGAUGUGUGCAUCCAAACAGCCAGAACUGCUGCAGAUCAGGGCAGCGCCUGUUCCCGUGUUUUCGCGUAUCGUGUAACGGUGACCCAAAUAUCUACAUUCCCCUCUUAUGCCUCGGAAAAGACCUCAAUUGGACGAACGAGCUUCGAAACCAGCUCACCCCUGAUCAAUUCUUGCACGCAUCCAACCAGAAUAUUUUUCCGGCCAAUAUUGGUGCCCCCCUCCAUCAUCCAACAAUACCGCGGCUCGGCUGCCCUCGUAUCCAACGUCCACACAUAUACACAAUCUACGUCGCUUAGCUGAUCGCAUUUCCCUCUUCCCUGCUUCAUAAGUCCAUGAAUAUACCCCGCAUACAUGUACACGUAUAUGAGUAGUUCAUCUACGCUAUCACACCCUACGAUAUCAACAAGGUUGGCGAGAUGGCUAUCCGUAGAGUGGAUAUCAGAUUCAUAUAUCGAGCGUCUGUGUUUUGGGCUUCGCUCCUUCCAUAAAUAGAACCGACUGCAGGCC